AUGCAUAGCACAAAAGCCCCGACAACGUCCACAACGACCACCACGACGACGAUUACCCCUACCAAAUGCAAAAAUGUCUGGGUCUGGAAGAUUAAAACUUGUCAUGCUAAAUCCGAAUAGUGCAAAAAUCUGUGUUGCAUGAGUGCCAAAAGCUGUCCACUUUCGACCAAGUUGGGAGGUAGUUUCUCAUGCGGGAUAGGCAUGGCAGAGACCUCACAGACUCUGUCAUGCUAGGCCCUGCAUUCCAGACCUUAUGGGUCAUGGAAAAUCUGCAUGACAAAUCUCGCAAUCUUCCAGACCCAGACAUUUUUACAUUUGAUAACCCCCUAUGCCUGGGAAGUAUGUCUGGGUCUCGAAGAUGAUGAAUGGAGCUUGUCAAGAACAUGCGAAGUCCUAAUUCCAAAAAAACCAGUGUUGCAUGAACGCCAGAAGUUCUUGCCGAGUUUUGGCUAGGAAACAGCAACAGGCGGAUCAUUUUUCUUGCGGUGGAAUAUUAGGCGUGAGGAGGGUCAUCUCAAAAACGAACAGGGGGCGGCGGGUUGAAGUUGUCUAUAACGAAAAAAUAAAGCUAAAGAACUUCACCGGUGUACUUGAUGAAAGCAAACACGACCACACUGGACGUCGAUUAUCGGGGAAUGUUGACAGUGGUUCUGUUUCUGUAGUUUACACAAGUGAAAAUGAAAUAGAAUGAUACAACCAGUACAAGAACUCCACAAGGAGCCUCAACAAAGCGGAUGAAUCAUGCAAAAUGGUUCGCCGGGUAAGAAUUUGGAAAAUUUGGCUGGGGCUUUUUCAGUUUUCGUUUCUUUUGGAAUAUUGAAUUGUAGACCAAAUAACCUUGAGAGGAGGGGGCGUGAACAAGCGGGAGGUCCUGCAGCAAACACAGCCGAGCAGGUCACCAUGAUUUCAAUUAUUCCCGGUGCGCAGCUUGAACGACAACGAGCAGCGAUAGAGGGUUUUACUCGAUGAGUUCUUCCUGCAUACUGGUACGUAGCAGUACAGCCGAAAUAAAGUACAAGGAGCGGCGGGUAGCCUUGAGAAUAGAUUUCUGAAAGUAUGCGACUUCUUGCCCUGCUUUGCUGUAGCGGGGGAAAGAACAAAAGCAAAAUAAAGAAUGUUCCCGGCGCCAGAGAGGCAUAAAUUUCUGCGGCCGCACCUCGGCCUCAUGCCGGCAUGGCGGUUUGACGUGCGACUCUGCAUGAGAAGCCUGGUUCUCGUGUGGGUACUUGCAGUACAACUUUUUUUGAGCUGCAGUACUACAGGCGCAUUCUCGGUAGAAGGCAGUGCAAAUGAAGAAGCCCAGUUGUACAACCAGAAAGUAGUAGAACAGGGGCGAGCACUUCACGCAGAAAUAAACGUCGCGCCAAUCCUUCCUGUGCCAGCCUUUGCCCUGCAGCCGUUGAACCAGACUGGCGGGGGGAUCUUGGUUACUACGGUAGGUGGGCACCGAACGGCAGCAACGGCUGCUUCGGUCUAUCCAGUGCAUAAAAUAUAGUGUCAGGGUCUCCUGGGAGACUGCAAGGUUUGUCAUGCACAUUCUGCAUGGUUUGGGUUUCCUAAAGUGGUCCCCCCGGGGCGGGCGCGGUGGCGGCUCUGCUAGCGCGGAGCUCGGAGGACCGAUCUGCACCUAUGCGCAUAAAAAGGGGGCGCGGAAACCGGUCGGGAGCGUGCUAAAAAAGGGCACGCGUUUGGGGUUGUCCGUCAUCGGGAUAGGGUUAGCGAGUACGAUCUUAGCCCCCCAGCUUAUCUUAGCGCGCAACCAACCACAAAAGCGGAGAGGUUGCAAUAAAGUUUGCAAGACUAUUAACCCACCAAGGCAACGCUGGAGCUCCACCUUGCUCACGGGCUUGGAUGAUAAGGCAGGCCAACCACAUCUAGCGCCCACGGGCCGCAAGCACGCGCAAAGGGUAAAAUGGUCACUCUCACUACUACUGAGUAGAAAAACUGGCCGCCUUUUGCUGCUCCGACAAAAAAAAAAUCACGCAUUUUUUUGGAAAAAUCCAACGGCAACUUCGCAAGUUGCACUCUACUUCGAGACCCAGACAAAGGUAUUUGCAGGUGAUACAGUCUAUGAAUUGCAAGAGCAUCGUACUAGUUGUAGUAAUUGCAUUACAAAUUUCCUCAGCAUGAGAAGUAAAAUUUGUAAUGCUGAUUGGCCUUGAGAACCAGACUUGUAAUGCAUAAAUGCAGUUACUACGAGUGCGAUACUUUGGCACAGGAUACGUUCCCGGAUGCGGCCAUUCUUGACACGGAGAACUGGAUAUGCAUUGUGCAAAUAUGUCUGGGUCAGGAAGGAUGCAAGGUGUGUCAUGCUUGUCUGGCAUGACUAAAGAGUUUGCGAUGCGUGGCCAAGGAGAGACCCUUUUGCUUGUCAUGCAAAACGCAAUUUGUCAUUCGGAAGGCGCAACACUAAGCAGCGCAAAUAUUUCUCAUGCUUGGCUGUGCAUUACAGAGAGUUUUUCACUAUUCACAACUCAGCAUUACCCCAUCCAGACAUAUUUGCAUUUGAUACUGGAAAAUGGGAAACAAUUUGAAGGUGUGGGAGUGGUGCCGCGAUGUUUCCUAUCAACUGCAAAUAUAAUGUCUGGGUCUGGAAACUUGUGAUGCUAAAAUGUGGAUGAUGGAAAUAAUACUUCCGAAUGCAACCUAUCCAUCGUGACAACUUCCAGAACGCUUUCUCAUAGGCAAUCCGCAUAAGAAGCUGCGUGUUUGGAUGUACAAAAGAGGCUGUGAAUUUUGGUGGUUAUGCAAUUACAGAUAUCCUAGGUAUGGAAAGCUAGCAUUACAAAUUCCAACCUUCCAGACCCAGACAUUGAUUUGCGUUGGAUAUGUCCGAACUGAACUCGUGGAAGAACAAAAACAAUUGUUGCCAGACCGAAUGUACGCAUUGCAAAUAUGUCUGGGUCUGGAAGGUUGCAACUUGUCAUGCUAAUUUUGGAUGGUGCAAAUAUCUGUGUUGCAUGAUUACCAAAAGCAGCUGUCCACUUUUGGCCAAGCUGAGAGGGAGUUUCUCAUGCAGACGAGGCAUGAUAGAGGUCAGACAGAAUCUGUCAUGCUGGGUCAUGUAUGACAGAACUCAGGUGUCAUGGAAGACCUGCAUGACAAGUCUUCCAACCUUCCAGACCCAGACAUAUUUGCAUUUGAUAGAAUGCAAGACACGUUGCAAAGACUAUUUCCGCCAGUGCUACGAUAAUCCGGAUUCCGACCCCGUGAUCGACCAGGUUUUAUCAACUGCAAAAAUGUCUGGGUCUGGAGACUUGUGAUGCUACGUUGGGAAUAAUGAAUGCUCUGUAAAAAUGCACAGGCAAGCACGUUGAGAAAUAUCUGCGCUUCUUUGUGUUGCGCUUUUCGCAUGACAAACUGCGUUUUUGCAUGACAGGCAACAGGGUCUCUUCUUGGACACGCGUCACAAACUUUUUGGUCAUGCUAGACAGGCAUGACAAAUCUCAAAAUCUUCCAGACCCAGACAUUUUUGCACUUGAUAGGUUUACUCGUGGUACAAUGUAUUCUGAGUAGAAACGUCCCCUCUCCAGAGUUGUCAUGCACAUCUGCAUGCCCAAAAAGUUUCUCAUGCGGAGGUCGCCGAAUGUGCUUCCUCGCCCACCCCCCGGGGAGGGGAUCCUUGACCUGUGGCGCUGGGUGCGGGUGUCCACUACAUGAUGAUGAUGAUGAUGAUGAUGCGGAGCCCAAUGAGAGCCAUUUUCUAGUCGUGUUUCGGAAUUUGUGAUGCUAGAAUCAGCAUGAUGCGCUAGAUCUGUGAUGCUUCGGAACUAGCUAAACAGGAUGACAAUACGGGGACAAACUUGAUGUCAUGCCAAACAAACAAAAGUGGUUGAUUUGUCUAGCAGAUUUCCCAUCUUGACUCAACCGCAGAUUUCCAGAAGGUGAGGCAACCGCGCCCUACAGGUAUGUGGGAGACUGAGAUUGGUAUUUGUUUUAAUCAGUCCUUUACUGUUUCUUGUAUGACAUGUAUGCGCAGAUAUGUAUGCUACAACCGUGGCACUAGCCUUCGGCGAAGUGCGAUCUCUUGGUUGCUAAUCAGGUAUGUAUGUCAGGACUAAGAAAUAAAUACCAAAGGUAGAAUUCUAGCGGCAAGAAUUCUACCUAUCUUCGUCUCCGCUUAUCAGUAGGAAGACAUACUCAAGGUGGGUGCCAACCGUUUUGCGUGAAUACACUUUUCCUUUUCCCUUAUUUUUGCAUGCGGGUAGCCGUGUAUAGAGGCAUCCUUCUUUUCCCCCGGCUGUACGCCUGCGUUUGGAUCUGUCUUUGUCGCUCUCUCCCGGUACGAAAACGUAGUUGCACUUAGGACGGUAUGCCCUCUUCUAGGUAGUGUCCGAAGUUUCGGGUCCGGAUUUCGGGCCCACGGUUCGAGUACGGGUUUCGGUUUCGGGUCCGAGUCUCGGCUUCGGGUCCGGGUUUUGAUUUCAGGUCCGGGUUGGACCAUAAAAGCAAAUACCAAAACAAAAUCACACUAUAGCACCGUAAAACUAAAAGCACCGCGGAAGAGCUUGCUCGCCGGCGGUGUUUUCGGUCUUUUCCUCACCUUGAUUUCAAAUAUGAAUUUCCCCGUUCGGUUUUUCGAUCCAUAGUACUCCGGCCCGACCGGAUCCUGAUGACGUGGAGGUGACCCCGAAGCGGCAGCUGCCAGUUUCACCGGAGACAAGUGCAUCGCGGUGGCCGGUGAAUACGGAGCUACAAAAAGAAUUUCGGUCUGUUCUGCGCGAAUCGCGGCUACUGGCCAGAAAACCGGUGUACAGGGCACCAACACCGCCAAACCAGCUGCUAGCCCUGUUUAUGCAUUCGCAGAACGGGAAUCCCCACCUGGCGCCAGUUUCCGUCGCUACCAGACCUCCCGGCGUAUCGGGUCCACACUGCCGCCCUGGGAGCAACCGGAGUUUUACUUGCCCGGACCGGAGCCGGGCCGCGUUUGGGGGCUCGCCAUGCUGUCCCUUUACCUCUUCUCGCCAGCAAUCCGGCACUUGCGGGCCGGUGCAGCAGCUGUACAAUCCACACCACCGGACCUGCACGGGAGCCAGCUGCCCCCCGCAACGGACGAUCAGACAAAUACGCUGUUGCUGCACUUCCCCGGUGUGCUGUUGUACUUCGACAUCUUGCAGACCCUUUCUCCGCCGAGUACACCCGAGCCUGCCGCGUCUCCCAAGAAAGGAAAUCCAUCUUCAAGUUCCUCCACCCCACACGCCGAUUUUCAGCCUCGAAUACUGCCGAUCCCGUGCAAGACAUCCUCGACCGCGACGACAUAUAACUCGCCGCUGCUGAUAGUCGAGAUUUCGCCCCGGUUGGUUCCGCAGCUCUUGCCCUACAAGUUCCAUCUUAUCCAAUUUUGCAUGACAAAAUAGUUAAAAUUUAGUGGUUUUACUAGCGGCGCCCUGCUGGCUAUCUGCGGUAUCUGCACAAAGCUGCCGGUGUAGUUUCCUAGAAAAAGAACUUCCGCCCGCUGCUACCGGGUCAGUACAUAGCAAACCGAUUCAGGCGGCGCAGUUACUAAAUAGCCGGUAGGUGUCACCUAGGCGUGACGCGGUGACUUGUUAGCUCUAGUAAAAAAGUUCGUUUGCACUAUCCGAAAAACAAAUUUUGCAUGACAAAUUCCGGCCCUGCAAAGCCGCAGUACAUUAGUAUCCCCCCGCACUGCUAUGCCCCCCAACACAUCCGUCCGGACGCUGCAAGAUGGAAGAGAUGUGGCGUGUGCCGCUGCUACCGGCUCGACACGUAAAGGAAAACGAAUCCGCGCGCUCGGCGUGGUAGCUACCCCCAUGCCGUUCGGGUUUUAGCAGCCACAGGCAUCACAAAUUGCGGUCUUCCGAUCCUCCCCGAUGAUUUUCGUCUUAUCUUCUUUUGUGGCCGGUGCCUUCGAUUCGAGCUUGAUCUCGAUUUCCUGUCGACCACCGAUGUCGACCUUUUGCAGUAUGCACGCACAAACGGGAUUUUCGAAAGCGGAGGGGGGGGGGAAGAGACCCCCAUUUGGUUGUCGCGGCGCGAAGCCGCAAAUCUCGUGCUCACGUCCACCAUCAGAAGUGUUCCAGCACGGGGCCGCUCCAUGAAACUGAAACUGAAGGGUUUAGGGUUUUGGGUUUUGAUUUGUAUGGACCAAUGCGGCGCGCACAUCGAGUUUCCUGGCAGUGUCGACCUGCUGUACACGGCGUAACCCCCGGCGGAAAUAGACCGGAAAACGCAUCUGAAACUGAAAUCCCCUCCCGCAGGCAAAAAAAAAUAAAAAAAAUUUCCCAUCUUGACUCUGGUGUGGGGACGUUUUUACUGAGGAUACAAUGAAAAGGUUCGCUACUCGAAGAUAAACACUAACCCGGCUUGCAGUGAAAAAUGGAAUUCCUGGUGGAGUUAUUGUGGCAGUAGAGUCGUAACGUCUGCUAUCAAGAGAAAAAAGUUCGUCGCGAUCACUUAUGGGCAUUUUUGCAAUACAAAAAAUGCCUGUCAUGCGUAAACAUGCAUCUUCACAGCCAAACUGCAUGCGGGAUUUCCCUUAGUGUUUUUGCAAUACACGGCAAAGCUGUGAUGAAAAAAUUUGUAAUGCAAAACCUCCAAGCUAGUGAGUGACUGUGACAAACUUUUUUCUUUCCAUAUCUGUCACGGGGGGGAAGAAGCCGAAGAACGCGAUGAUCUACGAGCUCUGGCGGUCUAGCUAUCAAGAAGAAAAAUCCCCCCUCCCGACAUCAAAACGGAAAUCUGUGACGCAGAUUUGUGAUCACAAAUCAGCUCUGUCAUGCUAGAAGGGAAAAGAUGCGGACUGUAGUGCUGGGGGGCGGGAGAAAGCCUUGCUUUUUCAGCAUGACAGGAGGCAGCUGGAAGUGGGAAACAGCAUGUCAAAUUGCCUGCAAGCAAGGCCACGACCGCGGCUCUUGGCCUUCUAGCAAUACAAGGCGUACUCAAAUACAGCAGCACAAAGUUCGUUUUCGAUAUGGGGAGGGGGGAUUUUUCCUUUUGAUACUAGCUAUCAAAAACACAUCCCCGCGGACCUCCCCGUGUUGGUGCAGUUCCGCGGCCUCACCGGGGCGGAGGUGGACGACGACGCGAAGAUCGGAGAAAUCCUGGGCAACUCAGUCCUGCACAUAUCCUGAGUAAAAACGUCCCCACACCAGAGUCAAGAUGGGAAAUCUCCUAGACAAAUCGGCAAGCUUUGGGAGUUGUGCAUGACAAGUUUCCGUCUGUAGUAUAGUGGCGCAUAGCAAGGCAAGCCGCAUGAGAAAGCCAAUUUCUCAUCCUGUUUACAGCAUUACAAAUGCCAAAUCACGAUUGGAAAUACCUCUCAUGGGGAUGCGCAUUACAAAUGUUCCUGUCAUUGCGCAUUUGCAUUACAACUCUGGGGUGGGGAUGUUUUUACAAAGGAUAGCACAACGCCCUGCGCCAUGCGUUGCAGGUUUUUUCUAUGCACAGUAAAUGUCGUCCCGUAAACGUACAAAUGGUGUUUCUGCAUGACAAAACUUAGCUUCAGUCCUGGUUUAGCAUGACAAGUGUAUAGACUUCAAAUUGGAGAAAUUUGUUAUGCAUCUUGUACACGUACGGGAAGUUUGUAUUGCAUAUUUUCGGACGCCUUUCGUUGUUGGCAGCAGGAGAAUGACGCAAGCAAGUACUGCGCGAACGGGAAGCCGGUGUGUUGCACUCUCGCGGCCUCUACCGACCGCAAAUUUGUCUGGGUGUCUGGAAAGUUGUGAUGCAAAUCUGGUGCGAAUCAAUCUUAAGCGCACUGCAAUACGCAGCCACGCAUGACAAGGUUUUGAGCUACUAUGUGUUUCGUUUUCGCAUGGCAAACUGCGUUUUUGCAUGACAGGCAAGAGGCCCUUUUCCUGCUCAACAUGCAUCACAGAGCUAAGAGUUGUCACGUGACGAGACUACACGCAUGAUAGACUCGUACCCAUCCAAAACACCAGAUCGAUAUUUGCAAUGCAUAGCCUCGGGGAACGUUGCCGAUUUGAGGACCAACGAUAAUUUGCGGCAGGACCAGUUCAAGGAUUUGGGCCUCACGCUGAACAGACAGGCGGCGCAGACGCAGGUGACGGAUGCCAAAGAAAACUGGUACUACGAGUUGAGACUGAAAUAUGGGAGUGUCAGAAUUGAAAUCGUCAAAGUUGAAAUUACUAUCUAUUAUAUUCAUGCGAAAAUAUUGGUCUAGAGAGGGUGAACGAGAGGUGGCCGGGAGGUAAAAAAGAGGUCAAAAGAGGUGAAAAAGAGGUCGACAGAGGUGGAGAGGUGGCGCGGGAGGCAGUUCGAGAGGGUGCGCGAGAGGUGGCGCGAGUAUAGCCAGCCGAACCGCUCGCCCUUUAGGGCCGCUAAGCGCCUCGGAGGGUGCCGAGAGGUAGAAAAGAGGGCAGGCGAGAGGUGGACAGAGGUGCCGAGAGGUUGCGCGAAUAAGGGGCGACCUCCCGCGGACCCUCUUGGCCACCUCUCGGCCACCUCUGUCGACCUCUACCCGCGAGUAUAGCCGGAGUAUUAGCGGGGACCCCAAAAAGAGGUCAAAAAGAGGGACUGCGAGAGGUCUGCGAGGAGGUAAAAACAGCAAGAAAUAGGCGCGAAUCCGCAUGGCGCUACCCAUAUCUCGAACUGCAGGCCCUUACGGACUUGUUUUGUUCGGCGUCUUUCCGUGCCACCCUCUCGCGCACCCUCUCGCGUCACCCUCUCGCGCCACCCUCUCGCGCUACCCUCUCGCGCUACCCCCUCGCGCUACCCUCUCGCGCCGGGCGGCUUCUGUUCGCCCCCGGUGUUCUUUGCAGCUGCUCCCUGCGCAGAGCGCCCAAAGGCGCGGGAGGCGCGCAAGUGGUCCUGCGGGUCGGCGCGGCGCAAACAGGCGGCAGGACUCCAAUACGUUGCGUUGUGCGCAGGCCCGUGGUGUUGUGGUCCAAUCGGCGCACAGUCUUGCCCCGGCCCAACAGCCUUGCGCUCCGGCGGCAGCCGGAGCAUGGCUGGUAGUUUGUCAUGCAUAAAAUCGACACCAGUCGGCAGCCCAAUUUUCAAGCGGUGCAUGACAAAUUUCGGCACCAUCUGAAUCCAGUUUGUCAUGCUGCUUAGGGAUAGAAGGCGUCUUUUGUCAUGCUACGUUAGCAGCUCUAUCGCAGACCUGAAACAGGCUGCCAGUCGGCCUCGCUUGCCAUCCCUGCAAGAGAGGCACUUCAUGCCUUGCAAGUUAUGCAUGAGAAAUUAAUAUUAUUUCAACUUUGUUGUCGAUUUCAAUCCUGACGCUUCCAUAUGAAAUUCACCGUGGCCCCGGAAAACUGGGUGUAUUGGGACCAACCGCACGCACUGAAGGAGAUCUGGUCGACCGCACCCGCCACCGGGGCCCCCGGUAUCCUGUGUAAAAACUUCCCCACCCCCGACUUGUCAUGCGAAUUGGCAUGCCUAAAAAUAAAAUGUUUCUCAUGCGCAGUCCCAUGAGGGCCAUUUUCUAAUGCUAUCGGGUAGCUUGUCAUGCUAGAAUCAGGAUUAGGUACCCGAUUUGUCAUGCGGUUUCACUACCCAAAACCAAAAGAGGACUGCACUACACUUGUCAUGCGCAACACGCAAAACUUGCUGAUUUGUGUAGCAAAAUCCCCAUCACCAUCUUGACUUUCGGGUGGGGGCGUUUUUGCUCAGGAUGCCCGGGGUGUUCACCGCAGCGCUGAACAGUGAAACAAACGGGAUGUACGACUGGCUGGUGCGACAUUUUGAGUACGUGGUAUCAAUUGCAAAUAUGUCUGGGUCUGGAAAAGUGGAACUUGUAAUACGUGUCUUGCAUAAUUCCUAGAACAUCUGUGUUGCGUGACGAGCAGCAGCAGAGCCACUUCCUUUGUAGUCAUGCAAAAACGCAAGUGGUAAUGCGUGCUAGACAUCAGAAAGCGUUUCAAAGAACCGUUUCAAAAACUCGUCAUGCUUGGCUGCCAUUGCAAGCGUUGCAAUCAGCAGCAAAUAAGCAUCACAGGUUUCCAGACCCAGAGGACAUAUUUGCACUGCAUACGUGGUGCCAGCCUACCAAGUCACUUCGUUCGAAAAGUUUGUUCCCAUGACAACCAGCACGACCACGACGAGUACCGUUUCGGUCGCUUUCUCCGGGAAGUUAGAAAUGGAAUUCGCGGCGACCGUCAGUGACCAGUUUACCGCUCUAGCAAACGCAAAAGUGUCUGGGUCUGGAAGAAUGCAAGUUUGUCAUGCAGCUUGUCCAUGACCCACGAGGUCUGGAAUGCAGUACCUAGCAUGACAGAUUGUGUGCGAUCUCUAUCGUGCCUAUCGUGCAUGAGAAACUCCCUCCCGACUUGGUCAAAACUGGACGACUUGUGGUAAUCAUGCAACACAGAUUUUUGCAUGAUGCAGAUUUAGCAUGACAAGUUCCAUCCUCCCAGACCCAGUCAUUUUUGCAUUUGAUACGCUCUGGCAGCGACCGACUUCACCAACGCCGUCAUCCACGUAUGCAACGAAAAAAACUGUGUAAGUGUAAGUCUGUGAUGCAAAAAAUGCAAAACAGUUACACUUGUCAUGCCAGACACCCAUGAAGUCCUCUUUUCAUGUGUGUUUUCACGUACUAGCAUUGCAUGACAGGCUUUCUCUCUCGUGCAGGGUAAAUUUGUAAUGCUGGUCGUCCAAGAGACCUACACCAACACAGUUUUUUCCCUGGAUAACACGGCAUUGUCGAUUACUCUGACUCCCGGUUCUAUCGCAAGAAAAAACUGUUUCACUGUGAACUUGUGAUGCAUAGAAUGUAACACAGAACUAUUUGUCUUGCUACACAUGCAAGACAUUGGAUUUUUAGCUGUGUUUUCCCUUAGGAAGCGCGCAUGGCAAAUUUUCUCUGUCAUUUGUAGCAAACUUGUGAUGCAGAUCUUGCAAAAUCAUCACAGUGAAACAGUUUUUUCGUGGGAUAGGUUCGCCAGGUUCCCCGGCCCCCGUGAGGAGCUGCUGGUCUCGCAGGUGUAUCAACUGCAAAAGUGUCUGGGUCUGGAAACUUGUGAUGCUGGGUGGCGUAUCAUGAGGAGACCACAAGUGCUGGCUCAGCAUGACAAGUUUCUGAGCUUCUAGGUGUUGCCUAUGCUGCAUGACAAACUGCGUUGCUGCAUGACAGAAAAGUGGGGCUCUUGGGUAAUGUGCAUGCCAGAUUUGAGAGUCAUGUGAGACAAGCAUGACAAACUUGCAUUCUUCCAGACCCAGACAUGUUCGCAUUUGAUAAGGUGCAAAAUUUGAGGCUGCGCGACUCCGAGUGUCUGCACCUGGUCGAGCAGGACGUACGCAUUGCAAGAGUGUAGAAGUUGUACUCGGUGGAGUAAUUGCAGUCAUGCAUGAGCAUGACAGAUCGAGAUCCGGCUCCUGACCUGAAAGCGCAUUACAAAUUUGAUUUGUCGUUUUGUUGAAAAAAAUUGUAAAUGCAAUUUACUACGAGCACCAGCACGAUACUGCUCUUGCAAAUUGCAUAAAUCGCCUCGGGAAAUGAUUUGCUCUCCACCGGAACGUACGGCCGCGUGCCGGGGCACAUCACGUUCGUAUCAACUACAAAUAUGUCUGGGUCUGGAAAACUGCUAGACUUUGACUUGUCAUGUAGGUUUUCCAUGACCCAUAUGAUCUGCAAUGGAGGACCCAGCAUGACAGAUUCCGCGAGAUCCCUCUCAUGCCUACCCUGCAUGAGAAACUGCCUCUCAACUUGAUCAAAAGUGGACAGCAUUUGGUAAUCAUGCAGCACAGAUUUUUGCAAUAUUCAGAUUUAGCACCACAAGUUGCAGAGUUCCAAACCCAGACAUAUUUGCAAUGCAUAGUGCGAUGGGUGUCUCGACUGGUGUGCGAAAAACUCGAUAUGGCUUCCUCAGGUGCUACGCUCUCAACUUCUACGUAGCCAACACGUUUGUCAUGCAAAAUCUGCGUCACUUUUCCAGUUUUCAUGUAGCUUCGCAUCACAAAUUUGAGAUGCCUCGAAUAACAUCGAAAUCUGUCCAAAACUUGUCAUGCGAACGGAGCAGCGCAUCUCGCUUUUCUCUUGCUGGGUUGCUAUGAAAAACGCUGUCGGGUACGCAACAGCUAGGAGAGUAACAGCUGAGGAGGCGAUACUCGACCUGCAACGCUUUUUGCUUUGUCACCGCGGAUAUCAAAUGUAAAAAUGUCUGGGUCGGGAAGGAUUCAACUUCUGAUGCUGUCUUCGGAUUCUAAGAAAAUCUGUGGUGCAUGACUAACAAGAGGAUUCGAUUUUGUGCUACACGAUGAGGGCAUUUGUCAUGCUGGAUACGCAUCAGAAAGCUCGCAAAAAAUUUCUGAUGCUAGGGCAUGCAUCACAGACAUCAGGAGUCAUGCAAAAUGUGCAUGACAAAUCUCGGAAUCUUCCAGACCCAGACAUUUUUACAUUUGAUAGCGGAAACCGACACGACAAAGAGCAACUGCGCCGUGAAAACGAAGCACGACGCAAUAUCCUGAGUAAAACCGACCCACCCCAGAGUCAAGAUGGCGGCUUUGCUACACAAAUCAGCAAGUUUUGGCUGUUUCGCAUGACAAAGCUGGACGCAGAGUGUAGCCCUGUUUGAGGUAGCCGCGCAGACGUAUCACAAAUUGACUGCCUUAUCCUGAUCCCAACAUCACAAACUUCCAGAUAGCAUUAGAAAAUGGCCCUUAUGUUCUUGGGACGGCGCAAGAGAAACAUUUUAGGCAUGCCAGUUUGCAUGACAAGUCUGGGGUGGGGACGUUUUCACAUAUGACACGCAAGCAAGCUGGGGCCCGCCUGGUGGGGCGAUUACGCGAUCGUGUCGGCUGCGUGCCUAUCCAGUGCAAAAGUAUCGUACUCGUACUAAUUGCAGCAUGCAUGACAGAUCUACUUUCUAAGGGAAAACAGCAUUACAAAUUGUAUUUUUGUUCUUGAGCAAAUUUGUCAUGCAGUUUAUACUAGAGCUAGUGCGAUGCUUUUGCAAUGCAUAGGGCCGAAAACGGGUUUUGGAGAACGAACCAACCUUGGUCCAACUGGAUUUCGUAUGCAUUGCAAAUAUGUCUGGGUCUGGAAGGUUGGAACUUGUCUGUGUUGCGUGAUUACCACAUAAAGCUGUCCACUUGUCACCUAAUCGAGAUGCAGUUUCUCGUGCAGAAUAGGCAUCAUAGAACUAUCAUAGAAUCUGUCAUGCUAUGUCCUACAUACCAGACCUCAUGGGUCAUGGAAAACCUGCGUGACAACAAGACUGGCAUUCUUCCAGACUUAGACAUAUUUGCAGUUGAUAUUUCGACCUCGUGAUAACCGAGGACACGGGGAACGACCAGGCGACAAAAUUGCAAACCAUAUGGACUGACGUGACGAAGAACGAAGAUGACGAGCUUUUGGAUUUUUCAAAAUCAAUUCAGAACCAGGUGGCAAAACAUAGUAUCACGGACAUAAAAGUUUUGGAGUACACCACCACGACCUCCUAUCGCAUGAAAAAAGUGUUUUACUGUAAGAAUUUUGCAAGUUUUGCAUUACAAGUUCGCUACACAUUACAAAGAAAACUUGCCAUGCGAGGAUCCUAAGGUAAAACACCACUAAAAAUCACCUGUCUUGCAUGUGUAGCAAGACAAACACUUCCGUGAUGCAUCUUCUGCAUUACAAGUUCACAGUGGAACAGUUUUUUCUUGCGAUAUCUCCACCACGACUGUCCCUGUGAGUGAGAAGGUGAAAAUGAAUUUCGCGGAGACUGUCACGGACCAGAUGAGUGUGAUGCUAGACAGUACUGUGCAAACUGCGGUCAUUAAAUCCAUUGUCUCCUACACCAAUGCGCAGCUAAACGCGCUCGGAACAACUACGUCGGCUUCACCCAAUGUUGAACUUCUCGAGGAAGCACAGGUUAAAAAUCUGAAAUUAUCCGACAGCGAGUGUGUCCGGCUAGUAAACGAGGAUGCGCCGGUAUGGUACGAAAAAAGUGUUUCACUGUAAGGAUUAUUUUGCAACUUUUGCAUUACAAGUUCGUAUACACAUGACAAAGCAGACUUGUCAUGCGAGGUUGCUAUAGGGAAAACACGGGUAUUAAGAUCACUGGUCUUGCAUGUGUAGCAAGACAAACACUUCUGCGCUGCAUUUUCUGCAUUACAAGUUGAAACAAUUUUUUCUUUCCAUAGCCGGGGCACGAUUUAGCCGCCGGCGGCACCCACGACCGCGUUCCGGGGCACCAAACCUUCGACAGUUGUCUGGAUUGGUGCGCGAAACACGAAAAUUGCGGUGCGUUCUGUUUUGUGAAAGCGGCGCCCGCGGGGGAGGAUAAUUGCGCAGUGAAAACCCACCACGAUAGCACGAAGUUGGAAGAAGUAACUUUCGGCGACUACGGGAUCGUUUCCGACGCCUGUCGGGAGCGGGUGAAGAGUGGUGUGACCUGCUCAAACGUUACAAUCUCAAACGUUACAAUAGAGUCUGGGUUUUGUAUUGCAUGAUGAGCAUGACAGAUUCCGACAGCAUUCCACUUUCUGCAAUACAAAUUUCGCCAGAUUGUAGUGCGGAUUGGGACUCCAGAACUUGUCAUGCGCAAUCCUAUGAGAGUUGGAUAGAUAACGCACUUCUUGCAACACAAAUUCAAGAUUCUAUUGUAACGUUUGAGAUUGUAACACCUGAGCAGGUUAUAAGUGGGAAUCCGGUGAAGGUGGAGCUCGCGUUUGACUUGUCGACCGAUAUCAAAUGCAAAAAUGUCUGGGUCUGGAAGAUUUGAACUUGUCAUGCUAAAUCUGAAUGAUGCAAAAAUCUGUGUUGCGUGAGUGCCAAAAGCUGGCCGCUUUUGACCAAGGUGAGAGGGAGUUUCUCAUGCAGCAAAGGCAUGAUAGAGACCUCAAAGUUGCUCUACCCACUAAAGCCCAAUCGUGACCAUGCCCGUAGGAACUACUUUAUUAAUGUCUCUACGACUUUUGACUUCAAUCUUAACCUUCACAUGUAUUCCUACCUAACUUGUGUUUAUUUUGUUUUUUCUCUGUACGAUUGGCCAAAGCGCCACCGGGACAGCCUGCCCGUAGACCACCGAUGUCAUGCUGGGUCUCGCAUUCCAGACCUCAUGGGUCAUGGAAAACCUGCAUCACAAAUCUUGCAUUCUUCCAGACCCAGACAUUUUUACAUUUGAUAACCGACUCUGCGGAGCAAGUGACGAACUUGCAGAACAUCUGGCAGGCGGUAGAGCUGAACCAGGCGAAUGAGAAACUGGAAUUUGUGCAGCAAAUCGCCGCCGAAUUGACUACGCUGCAGGUGACCACGGUGACUGUCGUCACCGCCAUGUGCGAGCCCGGGCACCACGAUGCGGGCGACGGUAUGCACUGCAAAUAUGUCUGGGUCUGGAGGGGUCUAACUUGCGAUGCUGCAUUUGGAUUCCAAAAAAACUUGUAUUGCAUGACGAGCAGCAGAGGGAAUGCAAUUUUUGCCACGCGGAGAGGGCAUUUGUCAUGCGGAAUAGGCAUCAAGAAGCCGUCAAAAAAUCUGUGAUGCUAGGGCAUGCAGAACAGACGUCACGGCUCAUACAGAACGCGCGUGGCAAGUCUCAGAAUCUUCCAGACCCUGACAUUUUUGCAAUCCAUAGACGGGAUUUGCGCGGAAAAUUUGUGCACCUGCGACCACGGCACGCCAGCUAUCAAAAUGAAAAAUCCCCCCUCCCCAUAUCAAAAAGGAAAUUUGUGAUGCUGAUUUGUGACCACAAAUCAGCUUUGUAUUGCAGAGAGGCACUGCGGCCAGAUCCCCAGGCUAGGUAGGGGCGUAUGGGUCUACUAGUUCAGCAUGGCAAGCGCCCCCCUUUAGGCCCAACAGCAUGACAAACCGCUUCGAUAAUGGGGCGGAAGCUUCUGUCCUUGUCUUCUUGCAAGACAGACGUGAUUUGUGACCUCAAAUCCUUCCACAGCACAAAUUUUUGGAAACAUACCUUUUCAAUAUGGGGAGGGGGGAUUUUUCCUCUCAAUACCAGCCGCGGCGACCAGUUGCCCAGAGCACGACGAGCCCCGCUGCGAUUCUUGUAACAACGGCUACCACAAAGAUGUGACAGCAACCAACCCUGAACUAUGUGUAGAAAACGUGUGCACAUGUGACCACGGAACCGCCACGACAGAAGCCACUUGCCCGACGCACGACACGCCGCGUUGUGCCAGCUGUACCAGCGCGGAGUAUGAAUUGACGGCGGACUACCGCUGCGAUACCACCACCACAACGUCAACAACGUCGACCACGACGGUCGCGCUGGACAUUCAGGAAGGGUUUCAAAUGCAGAUGGCGGAAGCGAGUACGAGUAGCAGUUCAGCGUCCUCUGCUGCUUCGACGAGCGCGGCAGCAGCAGUAGCAUCAGCCACUUCUGCGAGCUUGUCGGAGAAAGUAAUGGAGAAUUUGAGAUUGUUACGACUACGCGAAGAUGAAAAAAAGAAGUCCUCGAAGAGGAAGAAAGUUGAAAAUAAAGCCAAUACUGGAACUGCUGCAAGCACAACCAAAAAUGCCGUCGAUGAAGAGCUCAGCGACCCGCUGUUUCAAGAGGCCAUUAAAAAGGGCGUCCGUGACUACACGAAUUUGAACAUCACUGACGCCGCCCUCCACCUUGAAACGGACCAAAUUUUGGACCUGGUACUGCAGAAAGUUGUAGGGUCUACUACUACUUCUUCGACAUCCGCGUCUGCGGUCGAGGUGAAAUUUCACCUGAACACGACUUCCGAAGCGCAGGCCCUCGCGGUGGGGAGCGUGUGGGGUCCGGUGGAAGAAGGGUCCAGUGCGUACUCGGCGUUGGUCGCGUUGCAGCAGUACGAAGUCACAGAAGCGGGCAUCACCAGCAUCAACCUCGUAGCGAUCACGACCACGACAACCACGACCACCACGACCAUCGUCUGCGUUUGCAAUAACGGCACAGCGGCCACGGGCACAGACUGUACGGCACACGAUGCGGAGGUUUGCGGGAGUUGCGACCUUGGGUUUCAUGUGAACUCCGCGGACAAGAAGUGUGAAGUGAACACCUGCACUUGUAACGAGGGAACAAGUGCGACGGGGACGGUUUGCGAUGUCGACAGUGCGGAAGUGUGCACGGGGUGUAUAUCAAAUGCAAAAAUGUCUGGGUCUGGAAACUUGUGAUGCAAGGAAGGGAAUAGUGAGCCCACUGUAAUGCGCUCCACAGCAUGGCAAAUUUUUUUCAUGGUUCUGAGUUGCGUAUUCCGCAUAACAAACUGCGUUUUUGUAUGACAGGGAGGAGGAGUUCUUUGUGGCCACGCAAUACAGAGUUCAGAGUCAUGCCAGACUAGCAUGACAAAUCUUGCAAUCUCCGAGACCCAGACAUUUUUACAAUCCAUAGUGUAACGCCGGGUUCCAUUUAUCGGAGUCCAUGACUGCAGGUGCUGGAAUAAGCACCGCAGCUGCGAAUCAUCAGCACUGUGCUGCGAAUUCCUGUACGUGCGCAUUUGGGGAGGUUGCGGAAGGGAGCGUGUGUGACGCACACGAGAAGGAGCAUUGCCUUUCCUGCGACAAGGGAUACCACAUGGUGGAUGAUGAAUGUAUAUCUUCAAAUGCAAAUAUGUCUGGGUCUCCUGGAAGAGUGCAAAGUUUGCCAUGCUCGGCCAGCAUGACUCUGAAAACUGGCAUGCACGUUGCCCAAAAGCCUCAGUUUAAUGUCGUGCAAAAAUGUAUUCUGUCAUGCAGAAUAGUAGGCUCAGAAACUUGUCAUGCUGAGCCAUCACUUGUAUGUGGCCUCCUCAUGAUACGCCACUUAGCAUUACAAGUUUCCAGACCCAGACUUAUUUGCGAACUCAUAAUGUAUCGCGAACCAGUGCACGUGCGCCAACGGGCACGGUGCCACCGGCGCCCCGUGCGAAGCCUUGGCCGCUGGAGAGGGAAAAGCGGGGGAAUUGUGUUGCGAGACCAACAACACGGCGAUGUGUGACACCUGUCACACGGGCUGGCAUUUGCAGGAAACAGACAAAACUUGUGUUGCAAACACGUGCACCUGCACACACGGGACAGGAGCAACCGGGUCGGAGUGCUCCACUGAUCAAACAGAGAUUUGCGGGACCUGCGAGGCGGGCUACCAUAAAAACCUUGACACAAACCUCUGCGAUGAAAACGUCUGCACGUGCCACAACGGAAACCACGCGGUGAUCACCGCGUGUCCGACCCACGACACGGAGCAGUGCGUGCAGUGCAAUUUCGGGUACGAAUUGAAGCCUGUGGAUAACCAUUGUCACGGGAUGCCCAUGAUCAUGCGGGCUUUUGAACUUGCGGUGGUCAUCCCGGAGGGAUAUGAAUUGCAAAUGUGUCUGGGUCUGGAAAGGUUGAACCUGUUUCGUGUUUCGCAUUCCUAAAAAAUCUGUAUUGCAUAAGCAGCAAAUAAAGCGCCACACUUUCGCCAUGCAAAAACGCAGGUUGUAAUGCGUCCUGCGUAUGACAAAGCGUUUGAAAAAUUUGCCAUGCUGCACUGCACUGAAGGGCGCAGUCAAUCAUGGCCAUUCAGCAUUACAAGUUUCCAGACCAAGACAUUCUUGCAAUGCAUAAGGGAAAAACCGGCGAGGAAAUCGUGUUGGAAAACAACGUGAAGCUAGUCGCUGCAUUCAAGAACGGGAUUCACAGCUAUUUAAACAAGCCUGACGCGAUCGAUUUCGACCUAGCAGACGUGACAAGUGUCGAGGUGAAGAGUGAGAACAAAACGCAAACUGAAACCGUAACUGCAACCGAUGGCACGACGACUUCGAGGAAAACGACGGCGACCUUGGACAUCGCCUACGUGGCCCAGAUCCCCACGUUGAAGGGGAAUAGCCUGGCAAGUUUUGAGGCCCGGUGGCCGGACCCACUCGUCGGGGAACUUUCUGCGGAUCAGAAGGCGGAGUUGAAAACCUUUCUAACGGACAGCGUUGUCGCCGCGGCGAUUGACGGUGUGUCUGUCGCAGUAGACGUAUCCUAAGCAAAAACGUCCCCACCCCAUGGCCACAUAGAUUAUGCUUCUCUUCUCGUUGUAGUUCGUUCUCUCCUCUUUUCCUUUUGAAAAUUUAAAAAACUUCUCUGUGCUUUAAUUUUGGUCUUUUCCAGUACAUAAACACUCCAUGCCAUAGUCAAGUUGGGAAUCUAGCAACACAAAUCUCCAAGUUUUGGGAGCUGUGCAUGACAAGUUUCCCUCUGCAGUGUCGUGCUGGUUGGCAAGGGAAGCCGCAUGAGACAGCCACUCUCUCAUUGUGUUUGCAGAAUUACAAAUUUCAAAACUUGAUUGGUAAUGCCUCUCAUGCCGCUGCGCGUUACAAAUGUUCCUGUCAUUGCACAUUUGCAUGACAACUCUGGGGUGGGGACAUUUUUAUUCAGAAUAAGACGCGGACAUCACCGCUUUAGAUUCGCCAACCACGACGACCACGACCACGACGACAACCUCCACGACCUCGUCAACCACUACUUCGAGUACCACAACAACCGCACCGCCUUUGAUUGUCGACUCCUCUUUCGUCUUCGACGUGAGUGUCGAGGCUUUUCAAAAGACCGCACUGUUGUACUCAUUCAGUGAAAACGAACAAAGCAUGUUGACCGCGGACGAUAACGUUACAGUGGCAGUUCACGACAUGACCUUCCAGGAAGCAGUGAAGAAGGGCGUAGUGGACUACACGAACAUGAUAUCGUGAGAAAAAAGUGUUACAGUUACACACUCUGACGCAAGACCAGCAAGACAGACAACCUCUGUCAUGCAGGAUAUGCUUGCCAGUGCCAGCCUCAUGUCAUGCUUGUUUUCCCUUUUUACAGGCUGCGCAUUACAAGUUUUCUUUGCCAUGCAGAGCAACUUUGUGAUGCUGAAAUUACAACAAAUGUGUAUAGUCGUGUAACACUUUUUUCCUGUGAUACAUGAAAUUAACCGAUACCAAUCUACACGUCGAAGAGUCCCAAGUCCUCCUUUUCGUCAUUGCGGACCUCGACGUGACCGCGGAUUCGCUCGGCGAAACGGUGGAUGUCCAUUUCGAAAUCAACUCGACGUCGCAAGAACAGCGCCAAGCCGUGGACGAUAUAUGGCAGCACGUGGAAAACGAUGACGGAGAAUAUUCUGCUCUCGUGCACUAUCAAAUGUAAAAAUGUCUGGGUCUGGAAGAUUGCAUGUUUGUCAUGCUUGUCUGGAAUGACUCUCAAAUCUGUCAUGCACGUUACCAAAGAGCGCCAUUUUUCUGUCAUGCAGAAACGCAAUUUGUCAUGCAGAAUAGGCAACACCUAGAAGCUCAGAAACUUGUCAUGCUGAGCCAGCACUUGUGGCCUCCUCACGAUACGCCACCCAGCAUCACAAGUUUCCAGACCCAGACACUUUUACACUUGAUAUGCACGUCCAACAGGACGAGAUUAACAAUGCGGGGAUCACCAACUUAGUGAUCAAAAAGCACCCGCGGGGGCGGUUGCGGGACUCGCAAAAGCGAAAGUUCGAUAUCAAAUGCAAAAGUGUCUGGGUCUGGAAGGGUGGAGCUUGUGAUGCUAACUUUGGACUCUAAAAAAAAUCUGUAUUGCAUGACCAGCAAGAGGAGUCUAGUUUGUGCUACGCGGGGAGGGCGUUUGUCAUGCGGAGUAGGCAUCGGGAAGCCCUCUAAAAAUCUGUAAUGUUAGGUCGUGCAUUACAGACAUCCUGGGUCAUGCAAAACAUGCAUCACAGGUCUCAGAAUCUUCCAGACCCAGACAUUUUUGCAUUCGAUAUUCGAACUUGGGAUGGAAUUGGCAGAUAACUCGAAGGUGAAGAAAGUGACGCGGGAUUCCGAGUUUCAAGACGCGGUGAUUGAGGGGAUCGUGCUGUGGUUCCGAUCGAAGGGGGUUGUGGACAUGGCGUACACGCAGAUUGCGAAAAUCCAGAUCAUGGGCAAGAAAAGUUCAUCAUCUUCUUCCGCGGCAUCGUUUCUCGAAGAAGAUGUUGGUGCCGGCAGUAGUGAUCUUGACGAAGAGAGCCAUGUGGACAUCCUCGCUGCGAUUCCCUUCCGAACAGAACCAGAGGGUGCGGAGCUUAUGGAGAUAGAAAACGACGGAGAUGCUACUACGACAUCAUCAAAUAGCGACAAUUUGUUGGACCACCGAUCGAAGGAAGAAAGCGGGGGUAGCAGUGCGACAAGUAGUGCUAGAAAAACAAAGAAAAGGGGCCUGGGUGACCACACGAGGAUUCUUCGGUAUGAAGAUGAUGACGUAAGAAGUAUGAGUCCUACAGGAGCGGAGCAAAGCGGCCAUCACGCAGAUGAAACAGCCUCGUCCUCUAGAAGAAAACCAGCGCCGCAAGCAGGAGCGCCGUCUUCAGCAGUGCAAUUGCUACGGAAACAGGAACAGGGAGAUCAUCUUCAAGCACGAGGAACACGCGGGGGCGGCUUGAUAACUAGAACUGCUAGUACACGCUCAUUCUCAACAAAAAAAUCCAUUAGCACGGUCGUCAUCCAGUUCCACUUGCAGCCUUUGAAUGACGCCCAGGCAGACAGCCUGAACACCGCCUGGCCAUCUGCCACCGCGGGCGAGGAGGUGUCACCCCUGGAUCCAAGUUCUGAUUCCUACGCAGGGUUGUUGGAAGACGUAAACAAAGAGGUGGCGAAGUCCGCUACGCUGACUACCAUGGGCGUCUCCAUGGUGAACGUGGCUGAAGUAUCAAAUGCAAAAGUCGUGUCUGGGUCUGGAAGAAUGCAGAUUUUUGUCAUGCUGUUUUUGCAUGACGCAAAAUGUCUGUCAUGGAAGCCCUAGCAUCACAGAUUUCGAGAAGCUUCCGCAUUGCUUAAUCCGCAUGACAAAUCCCUCAUUUUGGUGACAGGAAAUGGGCACCUUUUGCUGCCUAUGCGUGACAGAUUUAUCUAUGUUGUGAAAUGCGCAUCACAGGUUCGCAUCCUUCCAGACCCAGACAUAUUUGCAAUGCAUAUGAAGCGACAGCGGAUGACAAGAAAAACGGUUUUCAGCUAGGAACAGCAAACGGAACUGCGAACACGACAACCACGGGAGAUGACGAAAAGAAAGGUAAGGGCCCGCCGGUUCUAGCAAUCGGCGUUGGGGUGGGGGUGAUUCUUUUGCUGGGUGUAGUAGGAGUGGUUCUAAUGUCGUCAGGAGGUAAAAAUGAAUCGGCAGGAGCGGCAGAGGAUGCGGGAGAAGAAGAAGGAGGGGGAGCCAAGCAUCAUCACCACGGCAAGGCCGACGCGGAA